AUGGGAAAGGCAAACGGGUCAAAGGUUGCCUCAAAGGCGGCUCAAACACCCUUUGAAAAACAUGGAUAUGAGUUCUGUGGCCCACCUGGUGCAACAGUUCUAGUACUCGGCCUGCCUAUCCUUAUCUAUAUCUUCCCAUUCCUUUGCAAUGAUAUCUCGGGAUGUCCCGCGCCGUCUCUUUUAAGCCCGUCCUCUUUUUCUCUCGAAAAACUCAAAAUUGAAGUUGGUUGGCCGGAAAAUGGAAUUAGGGGUUUCUACAGCACGGAGGCUACACUAUAUGUUCUUGGGUAUUAUCUCCUUAGCUUGGUUCUGCAGGUCUUCCUUCCGGGAAGAGAGCCUGAAGGAGUAGUUCUAGCUUGUGGAAGCCGUCAUAAGUAUAAGUUCAAUUCUUUCUCUUCUGCACUCUUGAUGCUGCUAGGCUGUGCUGUGGGAACCUGGAUCUAUGGCGCUGAAUUCCCGCUAUGGACGUUCCUCUGGGAGAACCAUCUUCAAGUGGUUACCGCCAACCUUAUCAUAUGUGUUUCAUUGGCUGUAUUUGUCUAUCUGAGGAGCUUCACGGUUCCUGCUCCCGGACAACACAACCCUACCAACCGCGAAUUGGCUCCUGGAGGACAAAGCGGCAACAUCAUAUACGACUAUUUCAUUGGGCGCGAGCUCAAUCCAAGAAUCACCCUUCCCAUUCCGUUCGUCAGCGAAAAUUCCAGGACUCUUGAUAUCAAGGCAUUUUGUGAGAUGCGUCCUGGACUCCUUGGAUGGGUUAUCAUGAACCUUUCAAAUAUUGCACACCAGUACAGGAUAAAUUCUGGCAACGUGACUUCAUCCAUCCUUCUUAUCACUGCUUUCCAAGCCUGGUAUGUCUUUGAUGCGCUCUACAUGGAACCAGCCAUUCUCACAACUAUCGAUAUCAUUCUGGACGGAUUCGGAUUCAUGCUGUCUUUCGGAGACUUGGUUUGGGUUCCCUUCAUCUACUCCCUCCAAACAAGAUACCUCGCCAUGUACCCUCUUCAGCUCAGCCCUAUCAAUGUUGCAUUGAUUCUCGGCGCACAGGGUGUUGGAUACUCCAUUUUCCGCGGUGCCAAUAACCAGAAGAACAGAUUUAGAACGAACCCCGAGGAUCCUCGGAUCAAGCAUAUUAAAUAUAUCGAGACCCGCAGCGGAUCAAGACUUAUGACUUCUGGAUGGUGGGGAAUGGCUCGCCAUAUCAACUAUCUUGGGGACUGGAUUAUGGCCUGGACUUAUUGUCUCCCAACUGGUAUGGCCGGGUUUGCCAUGGUGGAAUCAUUGAACCCUAUCACAGGUGUGAUGGAGAAGCGUGCUGUCCAGACAGAAGAGUCACGCGGAUGGGGAAUGGCCAUCACGUACUUCUACGUUGUUUACUUCGGAAUUCUUCUCGUCCAUCGAGAGCGACGCGACGAAGACAAAUGCAAAAGGAAAUACGGCGAAGAUUGGGCCAAAUAUACCUCGAAGGUUAAGAGUAGAAUUAUUCCAGGCAUCUACUGA